UAUUCUGAGCUUUGCGUCUGAGCCUCAACCUCCCUUUUAGGGUGUGUUACAACUGGCGUAGUCGGCAGGACGUAAAGAAACAAUCAGAGUCGUGCAAGAGAAAUUAUGACUGAGCCAGGUAGUUCAACAAGCCCCAGAAUGAUGCCAAUAUACACGGGAAGCAUGAUUAUAUCCAAGUUUCGAGGCAAAGAUUCAGACUGUAGUCUUGGAGAAUGGAAGAGACAGUUAAACACACUAUUUAAUCUCCAAAACAUUCCGGUCGAAUUCAGGGCUGACUUUACACUUAGCUGCUUGGAAGGGACUGCAAAAAGACAAAUUCUAAUUCUACCCCAAGAGAGAAGAAAGACAGCUGAAUUGAUAUUUAAAAAAUUAGAAGAGCUAUACGGAGAUCAAGCCUCUGCCUCGGUCCUGCGCGCCCAGUUUUUUAAUAUCACCCAAGAGCCUCAAGAAGACAUUGAUAGCUUUGCUCUCCGGAUUCAAGAACACUUUGCCAGGCUGAAAAGGAGAGAUGCUCGAGGACUAAGAGACGAGGAUGUCCUGCUCCGUGAUGUUCUCAUCGAUGGCCUAAGAGAUCCAGCCAUGCGGGGUGAGUUUAGAAGUAAAGUCCUCCUAAAUGAUGACGUAACAUUCGAACAAGUAAAAACGGAAAUGUUAGUACGUGAACGCGCAUAUGGGGCAAAACAGGAUCAAGUACAGUGUUUCGCCACUAGGGGGCAUUCUUCCUCACUUAACAGCGACCUAGAACAAAUGAAAAGACAAUUAAAAGAGGAAAUGAAUGAUCAGAUAGCAAGUAAAUUUAAAGAACUGUCUCAAUGCUUGAUAAGUGAAAUUCGAACAGAGCUCCAACAGGCCUCGCCAAGAAGGGCGCAACAAACAUCGACGCAGGGACGGAAUCAUCAUACACCUGACCGCAGGGCCCCAUGGCGUCCAGCAGCCAAUCAGUAUGACGAGCAAGACACGGGAUCACAAGUAACAUUGAUGAGGGAGAGUUUUUUCCAGGAACAUUUUGGCCAGCAGGGGGCACUACUUGAAGACCCUUCAGCAUGGUUGGCACUACAAGCAGCAAACGGCCUUGCGAUUCCGUACCUGGGGUAUGUACUGUUGGACGUGAAGGUGGGUGAUGUGCUCUUCCCUGGCUGUGGCGUUGUAGUAGUUAAAGAUCAUUGCUUGGCUAAUACAAAUGGUCUAGUGGGAACCAACAUAAUUAAGCAUUGCUGGGAUACACUGACCAAAGACAAUCUGACUGUGCCCUCUUUGUCCAGUGAACGCUUUCAACAGCAGUCGUGGCGCAAUGCCAUGAGAGUAUGUGCAAAGGAGGCCAGAUUUGCAGCCAGCGAUGGGUUUACAGGGUAUGUACGCACUAUUAACCGUUACCCUCUGGAAAUUCCAGGACACAGUGAAGUCCUGGUGUGGGGCCGUACCAAGGCUGGCAUUCAGAAACGGGAUUACCAGUGCCUAGUGGAGCCCUUUGGGGAGUCUGAUGUGCUCACCGCUCGAGCAGUAUCAACGGUCAAGCAGGGAAGGUUACCCAUCAGAGUGAGAAACAUAAGCAGCACCCCGGUCUACCUACGACGCCACCAGAAGCUGGCUAAGGCAUUUGUAGUGGAACCAGCAGACAUUGUACAAGACACGGAUGUGAGUAUGUCCAGAGUGGGGGAACAGGUGGUACAGGUUAGCUUAACGCAAGUAAAACAAGACCUAAAGGACCGGCCCGCCCUAGUGGAUGUUAACAACAUUGAUAUCUCCCCAGCCCAAAGACUGAAAUUACAGGAACUGUUACACAAGCAUCAGGCUGUGUUCUCUUGUCAUGACGAGGACUAUGGGAAGACGAGCACCAUACAGCAUGUGAUCCCAACAGGAGACGCCGCACCUGUGAGAGGACGCCACAGUCAUGUGCCUCGCCACCUGUACCAGGAAGUGAAAACCCUCAUUCAAGGUAUGAUUGAUUCAAAGAUUGUCAGACCAAGUACCAGCCCAUGGGCAUCUCCCAUUGUGUUAGUUAGGAAGAAAGAUGGGACUCUGAGAUUUUGUGUGGAUUACCGCAAGUUAAAUCUAUUGACACACAAAGAUGCGUAUCCCCUCCCUCGCAUCGAAGAAUCCCUUGCCAGCCUGACCAAUGCUAAGUUUUUCAGUACUCUAGACUUGCACUCAGGAUACUGGCAAGUCCAGAUGGCUCCAAAAGAUAGGGAGAAGACAGCAUUUACUACUCCAAUGGGACUAUAUGAAUUUGAUAGGAUGGCGUUUGGUCUCUGUAAUGCUCCGUCUACAUUUCAGAGGCUUAUGCAAACCUGUCUAGGAGAUCAAAACCAAGAGUCUCUGCUGAUUUAUCUAGAUGACGUUAUUGUGUUUUCCCCUGACUUUGACACACAUCUAACCCACUUGGAUGUUAUCUUCAGCAGACUAACUAGCCAUGGACUCAAAUUGAAACCUAGCAAGUGUUGCCUGCUGCGACAGGAGGUCCAGUACUUGGGCCAUCGGGUGUCAAACAAAGGGGUGUCUCCAGAUCCUGACAAGAUGCCAGCAACAGAGGCCUGGGGGCAGUGCUCGCCCAGGUGCAGGGGGGUAAGGAGCGAGUCAUCGCUUUCGCUAGCCGGAGCCUACAUCCAACUGAAAGAAAUGACAAGACAGCAGUCCCAGACCAGAGGGAAGAGCGAGAGGGACUGGAGAUACCAGGCUUCCGGGAGGUUCAGCCGUCAACAGUGACUGCCC